CGCUCGGGACUGAGCCGGUUCUCCCCCCUCCCCCUGGAACACAGGCAGCGCCUCGUCUUAACCUGGACCCCCUGACCCCCUGCUGCCAAUACGGAAUAAGGGCCGAAGGCGGAGGCUCCCGUCCAGACAUGGUGGACUGAAACUCAGGAGAGUUUCCUGGCCCGUUGCACGACUGCCUCCCUCCACCCGCCCAGAGCUCCAGGGGAAGGAGGGGGCGUCUUUUCCCGCUUCCCUCCUUUCUUUCUUGUUUACUGUCCCUAUGGAGCAGCUAUCCCCUGUCUUCGACCAUGCCUAGAAAAAUGGGGAAUGGGCAACUGCCCUUACCCGACGGCUGGGAGGAGGCGAGGGAUUACGAUGGGAAAGUCUUCUACAUCGACCACAACACCAAGCAGACCAGCUGGAUCGACCCUAGAGACAGGUUAACAAAGCCAUUAUCCUUUGCAGACUGUGUCGGAGAUGAGCUACCAUGGGGAUGGGAAGCUGCCUACGAUCGUCAGAUUGGUGUCUACUAUAUCGACCACAUAAACCAAACUACACAGAUAGAAGAUCCAAGAAAGCAAUGGCGGCAAGAGCAAGAAAAAAUGUUAAAAGAUUAUCUUACUGUAGCUCAAGAUGCACUUAGCACUAAGAAAGAACUGUUCCAUGUGAAAGAGCAAAGGCUGGCCCUUGCCCUGGGUGAAUAUGUACGGCUGAAUGACGUUUACAAAGAAAAAUCAAGCUCUUAUACAAGUUUAUUCUCAAGCUCCUCUUCCAGCACAAAGUAUGAUCCUGAUAUUCUGAAAGCAGAAAUCUCCACUACAAGAUUAAGGGUUAAAAAACUGAAGAGGGAACUCUUGCAGAUGAAGCAAGAAUUAUUAUAUAAGGAGCAAGGCUAUGAAACAUUACAACAAAUUGACCAAAAAAUGUCUGGAGGCCAGAAUGGAUAUGAGUUAAGUGAAGCCAAAGCCAUUGUGAAUGAAUUGAAGUCUAUCCAAAAAGCUAUAAGCUCUGGUGAAAAAGAGAAGCAAGAUUUAAUGAAGAGCCUCGCAAAGUUGAGAGAAAGAUUCCUCCUUGGUCAAACUGUUGCUCAAUCAGAAUCAGACUUGAAAUGCAGCCUGGCACAUUCCCAGUUGUCUCUCUCCAAGCAAACUUUGGAUGCAGGGUCUCAGACAGACAUUUCUGGUGAUGUUAGUGUCAAGAACAUGGCCAAUUUAGCUGAAAAGGUCAGAUUGAGCCUUCAAUAUGAAGAAGCCAAAAGAAGAAUGGCAAACUUAAAAAUUGAACUUUCUAAGUUAAAAAGUGAAGCUUGGCCUGGGGCACUGGAUAUUGAAAAGGAAAAGUUAAUGCUGAUAAAUGAAAAGGAAGAGCUUCUGAAAGAGCUUCAAUUUGUCACCUCAUGUAAACGCACGCAAGAUGAAUUAAAGCAUCUAGAAAUAGAAAGGAAGAGACUGGAAGAGGAGCUAUCUAUGAAAAGCACACCUAGUGAUGAACUUACAGAGAGGUUGAAAUUAGAAGACAAAAAGAAUAAAUUAGUUAAAAAACUUGAAGAAACUAGUCACCUAACCACUCAUUUACAUUCCCAACUUAAAAGCCUCUCUGCCAGUACAUUAUCUAUGUCUUCAGGGAGCAGCUUGGGAUCCUUAGCAUCCAGUCGAGGGUCCCUGAACACAUCUAGUAGGGGGUCACUGAAUUCUCUUAACUCUACAGACCUCUACUACAACCAAGGUGAUCAACCUGCCGAUUUAGACUAUCAGUAUAAAUUGGAUUUCAUAUUGCAAGAGAAAUGUGGUUAUAUUCCUUCAGGCCCUAUUACCACCAUUCAUGAAAAUGAAGUGGUCAGCUCUCAUGAGAAAAUGGGAUAUAGUGACUCUUCCAGUUCUUUGGCAGCAAGUCAUGCACCCAAAGUAACUGAACCUUCUAAAUCUGUUACAUCAUUCUCUUCAAGAUCUUCCCUUUCAUCAUUAUCUCCUCCUGAAUCACCUUUGGUUUUAGAAGGUGGAUUUUCAGUCCCUCCUCAAGAUUCUCCAUUGCAUUUCACCACGGACUUUGAGGACUGUGAUUUACCCAGUGACUUUGCAGGCAUUACCACCUGUGAGAACCAAAUUUUGCUGGAUUCGGAAACUAGAAUACCUUCUCAAUCACUUGUUAAUGAUAAAUAUCGCAAUGAAAGUGUUGCACAGAGCAUAUCACAUUCAAGAAAUACAGGUGUUGACUUUUCAAGAAGAACAAGAACUCAUUUGUUUGAUGAGAAGGCAGGCUGUGUAUCUGCCGCUGUAUCUGAUGAGUCUGUGGCUGGAGACAGUGGUGUAUAUGAAGCUUCUGUAAAACAACCCAGUAACAAUGAAGAAGUUGUUUAUAGUGAAGAUGAUACCACAAUUCUGGAAACUGCUCAAGUACAAAUAGGAUUCCGAUAUGAUACAAAGAGCUCAAGCUUUGUGAUCAUUAUGAUGCAGUUACAAAAUCUUCAGGCUCUUUCAAUAUCCCUUGGUAGCAAAAUAUAUUUUAGACUUGCGCUUCUCCCACCUUCAACUGACAUCAGCUGUCUGUUCCGAACAAAGGUCCAUCCUGCUACUGAACCUGUUUUAUUUAGUGAGAUGUUCAGAGCAGUUAUUUCCCAGGCAGCCUUGCAGCAGAAAACUUUGAGAGUAGAUAUCUGCUCUGUCAGUAAAAGUCACCAGGAAGAAUGUCUAGGUGGAAUUCAGAUAAGUCUGGGAGAUAUGUCCUUUUCACAUGAGAUGUCUACUCUGUGGUAUAAUUUGCUGGCUUCAAAGCAGACUGAUGAAAAAAGGAAUACGAAGCCAAAGAAGUAUUCUGUCUUUGUAGCAACCAAUCCAUCACCUGGUUCCUUGGAUGCUGUUUCAGCAUUGUUGGAAAGGACAUCAGCUGAGCUGCAAGCUGUAGAACAAGAAUUGGCAGAGAAGGAGGAGGAAGGGGAGGAAGAAGAGGAAGAGGAGGAAGCACAGGAUACACGGGAAACACAAAGUUCUGAGGAAGAAUGGCUAGGAAUACUGGCAAAAGUAUCCAGAGAAAUUGUGAAUGAAGAAGAGAACAGUAUUAAAGGGACAGAAGAAGACAGAUGCAGGGAUAGCAAGAGACUGAGCUCUAAUUUGGAACAGGCAGAUGGAAUUGAACAUGAGAAAGACACCAAAUUUACAGAAGUGGAUCUCAGCAAACAAACAAUAGUAUCCCCAAUACUGGUUGAUAGGGAAACAAAUACAGAGGAUAGGGCUGAGUGUGUAGCUAUACGACCCAAGGACAAAGCCAGCCUGAAGACUCAACAGCAUCCCUUUGUCAGGAACAGCAUGCUAGUACGUUCACAGACAUUCUCUCCAGGCGAGCGGAACCAGUACAUCUGUAGGUUGAAUCGAAGUGAUAGCGAUAGCUCAACGCUGGCCAAAAAACCUCUCUUUGUGAGAAAUUCCACAGAACGGCGGAGCUUGAGAGUUAAAAGGCCUACUUGCCAGUCCAACCUGCGAAGAGCAACACGAGAGCGCCUGGUCCGUACUUCUCUUGACUUGGAGCUAGAUCUUCAGGCUUCCCGAACCCGACAGAGUCGCCUGAAUGAUGAACUGCAGACACUUCGUGCUCUUAGGCAGAAGUUAGAAGAGAUGAAAGCAACAGGUCAGACAGAACUUCCUCCAUGUGUUUUGGAGGAUGAAAGAUUCCAAAAGCUUUUGAAGCGAGCUGAAAAAGAGGCUGAACAAUCAAAGGAGAAAAAGAAACAGGGGUUAAAUGCAGAAAAAUUGAUGAGGAAAGCUUCAAAAGAUGUGUGUCGAUUACGAGAGCAAAGCCAGAAAGUGCCGCUACAGGUGCAGUCUUUCAGGGAGAAGAUGGCAUACUUCACAAGAGCGAAAAUAAGUAUACCAGCUCUACCAGCUGAUGAUGUCUAACAAUAAUUUGCAUCACAAGGUGUUUUUUAUUUUUCAAGUGGAUGCUUUUAUAUCACUGUUCUACAGUCUUUUAAAGAAGUAUUUUUUGAAUUCAACCUUAGAUAUUCUUUAUAAAAAUUCAGUACAGUAUGCUCUAAUGUAACAUUUCAAAAGUAAAAACCUCUGCCGCUGACUUUUCUCUAGAAAUCCAAGUAGGAUGCAUUUGGUACACCGAUGAUGCUAAUUUUGUACAGUUUGUAUAUGUAUUACAGAUAUGCUACUAUUCUGUAAAUACGAAUGUAAGAACAAAGGCAAUGCCUAGUAUGUUUAUCCUAUUGAACUGCACUGCUGCUCUGUAUCAUGAAAUAUGUUCAACAGGAGGUUUCAUUUCGCUGUUGCUUUUUUUUCCACAAGGACAGACUGUGAAAAUGGCUGUUGAGCCAUGUAAUAGGUUUUGAAAAAAGAGUAGUAGUAAUAGUAGUAGUGUGUACAUAGCUUUCAAGAAAGGUAAGUCCUCUUCCAUACCCGCAGGUCAGUCUCAUGCAAACAGGUGCUGUUUAGAUUUCUGCUGUCUGCACUGGACCUUUCAACUCAGCCAAAAACCAUUUUCCUUUCUACCUUUUUUUGAAUGAAGGAAGAGGCCUAGGAUCCUAAGCUGGAAGAAUAUACUUUUUUGAAUGUACUGAACUUGGGGCUGUAUUUGAAUUUUCAAGUGUCACUGUAUCUAAGAGCUCGGAGAGAACAUGUGGCAAGUAUGUAAUCCUGCAUGUGUUAAAACUGAAAAUACCCAAAUGGCAGCUGUUUUCCGAAAAUGGAGUCAGAUUCACAUGCAAAGUAUUUUAAACCUGAGUGCUCAAAGAAUGAAAGUUAAAACAAACAUGUAAAUAUAACCAGUAAGAACAUAUUAAAAUAGUUACAUUGAUAGAGCCCAAAUAGACCCAUUUUUACAAGAACUGUUCUUAAGAAAUGCAUUGGUCUAAGGCAGUGUUUCUCAGCCUCGGCAACUUUCAGAUGUGUGGGCUUCAACUCCCAGAAUUCUCCAGCCAGCAUGAUCUAAGCACCCACUGUAUAUUAUUGUUACAGAGAUUUCUUCUAAGAAAACCUGAUAAUAAGGAGCACUUAAAAUGAUAUUAGUAGGGUUAAGAUUAAAUAGACCAUGUAAGUUGUUUCCUAAAUUAAUUGUGGUACAAUAAGGAUUAAACAUGACCAAUAACCUUAGCUUGUUUAAACAGCAACAUGUUUAGAUACAAGAUAAAAGAUGAUAUGAAUACAUGUAUCACAAUUUGAAUUGGAAACCAUUUUUCAGGUUAUUCUUCAAAGUAAGUUUCGGUCUCCAAGCUUACGUUAGGCUGUGCAAAGUGAAGAGGUGCUUCACAAAGUAUGUUGGCACAAAUGAAAUCCCACCCCCCUCCUCAAGCCACUGAGGAAACUACAUCUUCCAGAAGGCUCAAGCUGGAGGUGGCUGCUUUGUCAGCCAUCCUUCUAUGUAGGAGCUGCUUUACUAGCGGCCCCUGGGUUGUCCGUGCAUAUAUACACAUGUGCAGAGUUUGGGAAUGUCUUUAAAGCCUAGAAAAUCUGUGCCAAAACUUCUGAAGGAUCACUUCAAGGAGGUUUGCUUCACUCACCCCAUUAUGGGGUUUGCAUAGCCCUAGUACAGCCACGGGUUUUCUUGCAUUGCUCACUUCCAUUGGUAAUUUUCAUCUGAUAACCAGGUACUGAUUAGUUCUGAUGUCAUCUUCAUGGAACACACAAUGAAUGACACUUUGUUUCAGCUGUGAUGUCACAAGUUUUGCAGAUCAGACCAGAGCAAGGCCUCUAAUUGCUAAGAAGGGAUUGAAGAGCACCUUUUGCUAAAUUAAAUCUGCAUGCCAUACUCCCCACUGAAUAAAGUAGAACUUCCAAAUGUACAUUUAUAGUACCAGGCUUUUUAAACAAUGUAAAUAUUGCUUCCAGCCAAUGGAAUUUCAGUUAAUGAGAGCAUGUAAGUUGCUUAGGCAGUUUUAAAGCCAUCUGAUGGAAGUACAAAAAAAUGACACAUAUUUCUGUAUGUGAUACAUAUUUACAAACACAUAAAAAAGCCCACUGAGGAAACAAAAAGGCUUCUACUAAUUGCGUACUUGUUCAUUUUGCAACAUAAUUGUAUAUUGACAUGCUGUUUUUUAUUUUCCAAGGAUAUAAUAGUCUUGUUAAAAGAUUAGGAGAACAUUUACAGUAUGUUCAUUGCCAUCCUUAGAAUUACAGAAGGAAAUAAAUUAUUGUGUCUUAAUUUAUUCUUGUAAAUCUCCCAAAGGGUUCUAUUAUUAUGCACAACUAUGUGUAAUUAUUCAGAUCUUUUCAACGUUAUUUCUAACUUGGAGGUAAGAACUAAUUGUGCUUACUAUUUUAUAGGUGCCCCUCUUUUUUUAACCCAUGUUUUUUUUAGAAGUGAACUAAACAUAUACAUGCCAUUUAUUCUGUCAAGGUCAAUGUCUAAAAGCUGAAGUCACAAAGUUAUUUAAUACAGAAAUGAAGGCUGACUGUUUCAGCUUCUCAGUUUGACAAUACAAUAAUGUUUAGAAUGAUGUAUAGAGUUGUAUCUUGUGAUUUAUUUAUUUUCAGCCUUAUUUAUGUACUGUUUAAUAUAGUUCAGUUCUGCACAUUUAAAUUUGCGGGUUAAAGAAAGCUACUGUGCAAACUGUUUUAUGCACAUGUACAAAUCCACCUCCCUCUUUCUCUUCUGAAUGUACACUAACAAAUCCCACUAACAGAGGGAAACAAAAAGAAUAAGAGUAUUGGCAAGGAUAAUUUUGUUGGCUGUUUGUAAAAAAGAUCUUCCAUUCAUGAAUUCUUUCACAUGCUAAAAUUGCAGCAAUCUCAACGAAUUCUUAGGAAUACAUUUCAAAGUCCUGCAAGUUUUAUACGAAGCCUGUUUAGAGUUUUGAAACAACUUUGAAAACCAUGAUAAUGGACAAAUACCAGUCAGGUCUCAUGCUACGCUGAUAUCAUUUUUAUCAUAAGAGUUACCUAUCAGAGAAUAAAAUUAAUGUAAUCAUAUCUUGAUUAUCAUUAUUUCAGUACAAUUCUGUAUAUUGUAUUUGAAGUAUUACAAGUAUUACUCAAUAUUGUUUAGCCAAAUGAACAAAGUAUAGCAAAUCUUUUAUUGGAUGAAAAUAAAAUUUCAAUUUUUUUACAGUGAUGUUAUAUUUAAGUAUUAAGUGCUUAGAACUGAACUAAAUAUUUAAUCAGGUUAUAUCAUGAAUGUCUCUCUAUCCUAAUAUUGUCUACAUAUUUACACAUCACCUAGAUUAACCUUUGUCUCUGCACUUUCCAACUCUUUCAGUGAUUUGGAAAAAUACAGUUUUUAACAGUAUUUUUUGCAUGCUUGUAUUCUUUACAAACACCAGCUAAAUCAAGUUUGUGUGAUUUGUGUAAGUGUACAUACAAACAUUCACCAAUAAGACCAUGUCAUAAUGGUGGUCCACUAAUCAAUAUUGUUUGGGUAGUUUAGUGAGUAACAAUUAUGUAAGCUAUACUUUGUACUUAUAAGUGAGGUCCUGCACAAACCAUGAUC